AUGGUCUCUCUCAUCUCCUCGGUGACGGCUGCUGCCUUCGCUGCUGCUGCUAGUUUCCUUGCAAUCUCGGCCGACGCCGCCUUUGCGGCAUGCGCUACUGCCCCUAGCAGCCCUGGUGAUCGUCGCCCCAACAAGUCGCAGCUGAAGGUGGCUACGUUCAACGCCGAGUUCCUGUUCCUCGGAACUGAGACCCACACGCUCGUAUGUCCCGGAGAGGAUUGCAGCUGGACCACGGCCGCCCAAGCUCAAAGCCACGUGAAGCAGGUCGCAACUGUAGUCAAGGCACUGAACGCUGACAUCCUCCAGCUCAAUGAAGUGGAAGACUGCACGGUGCUGGAAGCGGUGAUCACUCAACUUAAGACCCUGGGAGAUUCCACCUACGUGGGCUACCUCGUGCGCGGCACUGACACGUCUACGGGGCAGAACGCGGCUCUGUUGACACGCGUGGAUCCUGUUGUUGACCUGAAACGCUCAACAGCUACAGCUUCGAUCCCCGUGUCCGGAUCAACGUGUCCGAGCGCAAGCGGCUUCUCCAGCACCAAGGGCGUGUCGAAGCACUUUUACACCACCUUCAACGUGUCGGGGUUCUCGAAGCCGAUCACGUUGGUAGGCGCCCACUUACUUGCCAACCCAGAGAACAAGGCCCGGUGCUAUGAACGUGAAGCCCAGGCCACGGUGCUCGCUGGUCUAGCCAGCGCUGCUGUCAGCCAGGGAAACCACGCCAUUAUCACGGGGGACAUGAACGAUUGGUCUUACACGGUGCCUGACAAGAACAGCAACAAACCCAUCAGUGCUGUGCUCAGCAUCUUGACCGGCAGCAACUUCGUCCAAGUGGCCAGCAAGGUUUCGCAGUCUGAUCGCUACUCGCAGUGGUACGACGAAGACAACGACUGCGUCUACGAGACGACUGAAGUGAGCAGCCUGGACCACAUUUUGGUCUCCAAAUCGCUUUCGUCAGCGAUUUCCAGUGUCUCGUUCAACCACGACUUGUACACCACCUCGUGCAGCGGAUACAACAGCGACCACUACCCCGUGUCCAUGGUCCUCAACAAGAUCUAA